UGAGUCUCUUCUCUUCUCUUCUCUUCUCCACACUUUGCACCACCGCAGUACUUACUUUGUACGAUACCCUCAGAGUCCUUUUCCCCUCUUUUCCUCCAGUCAGCCUUCACCCCCUUUACCCCUCGUCCCCUCGCUCCCUCGCUCCCUCGCCGUGUGUUGCACACGCUGCCAGACUCGACCGCACAACAGCAUCGCAUCCCGCCCAAGGUCCGCCCAAGGUCCGCCCAUCCGCCGUUCCGCCGUCCACAGCGCGUUCCCUGCAGCGGCCGCCGUGAUGCACGCCCGCGCAUGAAGCCGGCCUACCGCGGGCACACCUUCUUAGGCACCAUAAAGGCACUGGGCGGCCCUGGAGACAGCAGCACAUGGGCGACGGGAGAAGAGAGGACCGCGGCCCCACCGAGACUGUCAUCAUGACCGACGCCGUGUCGCCAUUCUUAUCGUCCUCGUACAAGCAGUCGUCGGCCGCCGCCUUGCUCAGCGACACCAGCAACAUCCCGGAUCCGUCCCCAUCGCAACCCCACACCACCACCACCGAGACCUCUGCCACCAACACCACCACCACAUCGCCUUCUCAGCGCCGUCGCUCUAGCGCUGCCGCCUUCCCCCUCCAACAAGCCGACGCCGUCGCCGCUGGCGCUGGCGCUGGCGCUGGCGCUGGCCCUGGUGCGAACCCUCCUGAUAUCCAUAUCCAUACAAACCUUGGGCCCUCUGCUCCACCUCCUGGUCCAACCACGCACGCCAGCGCCAGGCGUGAUACGGCACAACCACCCUCACACUCCAAUUCCCACUCCUCAAUUGCUGCUGCUCCUCUUCUCCCCAGCACCGUCUACGCCUCGACGACGCUGUCCGCAGUCAAUGGAGCCACUGCACCUCCCCGCUCGCAUUCACACUCCCAUCCGCAAGCCCCAACCUCGCAUCCCGCUCGCCUUCACACAUCCCGCUCACCCACUUCGAGCCCUCAGCGACGUCCAAGGCCACGCUCUCCUCAACCCCCGCCGCCUUCGUCUGUAGCAGCGCCCCAGAUCCCUUCUCUGCCCAUCCUUCCUGCCACCGUCUUCUCCCCCAGCACUCCUAAUACCCUCUCCUCCAACGGCUCUCCCUCGGCUGGUCUGUUCUCCUACACGUCCAAUCCCACCACCGAUUACUUCUCCUCGAAGCCUCAGCCCGCUCCCGCCGCGCAGACCUCUCAGCGUUCCCCUUCACGCAGUAAAGCGGACAAAGUUUUAGGGAGGUCGCCUCUCGGCUCGCCUCCGAUUGGUGUGCUCGAGUCCGAAGCAAGGUACAAGUCCAGUCUGGCCAAUCCGCGAACAGCCCCUCCCCCUCGCCCUACGACGUCCAGCACAAGGGAGACGAGCCAGAGGCCAGCACCAAGUACGGGGCGGGAGCCAGCUGCCUCCAAAGAUCAGAGCUCGAGAUACAGGAGCGAAAGCAACGCCAGUGCUAGGCUAGACGACAGCCCUCAGGGCACCCCUCCGCGGUCGCGGGAGAGGAGAGAAAAGGACAAGAAGACCAUGCUUUCUCGGGCGCUAGCAAAGGCAAACACUGCCGUCCUGCUGGACAAUGCCCAGAACUUUGAAGGUGCUAUUGAGGCCUAUGGGGAUGCGUGCAGGCUGUUGCAGCAGGUCAUGAUACGGAGCCCCGGCGAGGAAGAUCGCCGCAAACUGGAUGCUAUACGAGUAACAUAUACCAAUCGCAUCGAGGAGCUACGGCGACAGCAACCUGGAUAUCCAUCAUCCGGAAAGUCCCUUCCGGCAAGGCCCAUGAGUAAUGAAUCUCUAGAUGAGCAACGAUCCAUGUUGUUCGGGGACAAUGAUGGCGGCGACGACGACGACGACGACGAACCUGCCAUGAUCCAGACGGCCACCAUGACCAGGAUAGUCAAUGACCGCUCAAUCGAUGAUGACGAUUCACCUUCUUCAAAGCACCUGCCCUUUCAAGAUGACAAAGCCGGCGGUGUUCGCGAAUCCGUCAUCUCGACGGCUAUUCGUGAUGUCCAAAGGACCAUCCCGCGCAGUUCUUCGUUUUAUCUUCAGCCUGCGCCUAGCCUGCGAGGAGACAGUGGAGCCUCUUUGGGUACGCCAUUGGAGUCGCCUAUGGAUCGCACGUAUAUGCCCCCACCGCUAUCUCCCAGGAGACCGUCCUCACCCCUACUCUCGUCGCGACCGGAUUUGGCAUCCACUUCUUCAAACACAUUCCUCACGGCAGACAGAGCCUACCAACCCUUGCACAAGAGGGGGAACAGUAACGAAUCCACAUCCUGGCUGGAUACCAUUGAUGAAUCCGGCGGCUCAUCCUGCGAUUCCUCUGUGCAUUCGCUUUCACCUGGGGGUAUACGCAGGAAGCACCUUCGUGCCGUAAGCGGGAACACUGACACUGAUUUCGACGCCGCGUUUGAUGCCGCCGUGGAAGCAGCCUAUGAUGAUGGCUACGAGCCGUACGAAGAAGAGGAUGCAAUGGACACUGCCGAGAGUAAUACAGCCCGUCCGAGAGAGAUCGAGCUGGCGAAAGAGCGUGCAGAUGAGGCGGAACGCGACCAAGUCAUAGCGGCUGCCAAGUAUCAUUAUGCCGAAUCACAGGUGCGGAAACAGGCAUUGCCGCAUGUGCGCGAGAGCGCCGAAUUCGAUUUCCAGGGGGAAGCGGAAGAGGAGGAGCGUUUGCUUGACGAGAUGACGAGGGAGUAUAUGCUGGAGGGGUUUGAUUUCGACCUGCAAACCAAGUCCUCACUGCCGCGACAAUCUGAUUCUUCUGGUUUCUCAAGGAGCACGCACCAUAGCUCAUCGUCCUCCCACCGGACGACGGCUGGAACAUCUCUAUCUACAGUGGCUGAAGUCACCCAAGCUGCGCCUGAACAGUCGCCGCCGCCGGUGCCUGCACCGCCUCUGCCCCUACCUCCGGUGCCAGAGCCACAAGUAGCGGCAGGUGAAGCAUCCGAAAUUACUCCAAAGCCUAUCAACAUAGCUAAAGAGACGGCGUCCGUGAGGAGCCGGCGUCUAUCCGGCCAGAAUGCGAGGACAUUGAAGAUCGAAACUUCGUUACCUCCUGUUCCACCCGCUCCGAACACGGACAAACCCAGCGUUCGAGAGAAGGAUCCUCGCGUAGAUGUGCCACAGAUACCCAAGACCGCCGCUGCGGCAGCAUUCACCACCACGCAGAGUACAGCAGAAUCGGACUCGACCUUCACAGCAUUACCGCAGAUACCACACCCGACGACCCUGCGUGCGCCAUCACCACAACCUCCCAUCCCAAGCCCUGCCGACACCGCCUUCACCGUCUCCCCAGCCACGCCCGCCCUCAGCCAUGUCAUGACGAAUGACACGACCGUUGCUCCUAGUUCACCAAAAACCGGAAAGGGGGCUGGACUGGGAAUCAAAAAGAACAAAUCAUCUCUCAGUCUUAAGCAGAGAACAUUGUCAAUAUCAAGUCCUGAUGGCUCCGAUGCAUCCAUUGGUACCCCUCUUAGCACUACCUUCUCCUUCACCGGUGCAAGAAAACAAAGCGCUACCACGGCACCAGCGCCAACGCCUAGUGUUCCCACAUUCAAUGUCGAUGGCUUGCCGAGCGGAGGCAUGCACCUGUUCGAAAGCGACAUACAUUCGCCGUAUUCACCAGGUUCUCCGAGUGCCACGGUCGCUAAUGCCCCCAUUCCACUCGAACCGUGUCCAGACUCAUAUCUUCUCAGGCCAUUCUGGCUUAUGCGGUGUUUCUACCAGACCAUUGCACAUCCGCGCGGCGGAUAUCUCUCCACCAAGCUAUUCAUACCUCGCGAUGUCUGGCGGGUAAAGGGCGUCAAGCUGAAGAAUAUCGACGACAAGAUUGCGAACUGUGACUUACUCACAGCGGCAUUGCAACGGCUCGGUACGGUCGACACGCUGGAUGCGGACGCCGUGUUGGAAGAGAUGCAAGCGCUGGAACUUGUCCUCGAUCAGGUGCAGACGCAGCUGACGAAGAAGCUCGGCAAUGAGGUGGGAGUCCAUGGCGUUUCAGUCUUGUUCAAGGACGCCAGCACCGUCGGAAUUGGUUCCAGCACAGGCGACACCUCGGAGAAGGGGUCUCACGGCUCCCAGGACCAUGCCCCCAAGAGCGCAGUGUCGCAGAGCAAAUCGUACCUCACCUCAUGGCGGAAACUGAGAUCGAAGGGAUCGGCCGUGGGUCUCAGUAGCAUGGCAGGAGGAGGCAAAGCGGCAGGUGGAGAAGUGCCCAAGGACUCGCUGACCAUGGCCACGCUGCCGAUGACGAGUCUUCCCAAUAUCCGCUUUGCGAAGCGCGAUGUCGCGAGCGUGGUGUUUGAGGGCCCCAAUGCCGGGUAUAUGAGUAGUCUGGCGAGGUUGUUUGAUGCGGUGCAGAUUCUGGACCAAAUCGCUCGCCAAGUCGAAGAUCCGGGCCUCAAGCACUCGUCGCCUACGCAUGUGGGAUUGGAGCUGUCGGCGCGGCAUGCAGCCGAGUUCUUUGGGUUUUACGUGUGCCGUUUUGUGCUGAACGAUGUUACGCUGAUGCUGGAUAAGUUCAUCAAGAGGGGGAGCGAGUGGGUGCUGGUGUGAUGACGCCACUCUGGUAGUUGUGCCCCUUCCAUUUAUAAUAGGAUCGGCUAGUAGGAGGUCUGUUGGUGGGUGGGCAGGCAGGCCUAUCAGGGACAAUGGGGUUGGGAAUGUUUACUUACUCAUCCGAUGGGAUUCACGGCCCGGCCCGUCUGAUUUAUAUUUCUUGGUUAUUAUAUAUAUAUUCUUGUCUUGCCCUAUCCUUCUUCGAUGAGCUUUCUUACGUCCUCGAGCUUGUUCUGGUACGAGAUAUCCCCUUGCCUCUUCGUUCCUUUUUCCUAUUUCCCUUUUGUGUGGACUCAUAGACGGGGUUUGGGAGAGGUUUACCCCUUUACCCCUGUAUAGUAUUUUCAUUUGGAAUGGAAUGAAUGUACAGACAGGGCCGGAGGGAGGAGGGCGUCGCUAGGUAGCAUUAAGGAG